UCAUAAACAAGUUUCAAAAUUGGAAGCAAAUUUAGCUGUUCCUAAAAUAUAACCUCUGGCAUCAGGUUUAGCCAGUUCUGAUCACCGUUCACCGGGCUCCGUGCAGGACGGCUAAUCGAGAUUACAGAAAACUUCACAAUGCUGCGAUCAGCGUUUGUAAAAAUUAGCGGUGGAGUAAAAAAUUCUUUUCUGCACAAUUCAAGUCGCCUAACUGCAGUUAGCAGCUCAAGAUGCAUGUCAUCCCAUGGACCUACAGAAACUGAUGAAGAAUUUGAUGCUCGCUAUGUUGCAUAUUUCAACAAGAAAGAUCUUGAUGGCUGGGAAUUGAGAAAGGCCAUAAAUGAUCUCAUCGGCAUGGACUUGAUACCCGAGCCAAAGAUAAUCAUCGCUGCAAUGCACGCGUGUCGUCGCCUCAACGACUACGCCGUAACCACGCGCUUCCUUGAGGCCAUCAAAGCCAAGUGCGGACAUCACGAGAAGGUCAUUUACCCGUACAUUUUGCAGGAAAUUCAGCCUACCCUCACUGAGCUGGGGAUCAGCACACCAGAAGAAUUAGGCUACGACAAGCCAGAGCUAGCACUCAAAUCCGUCUAUUAACAACCCCUUCACUAUGCGAAAAUGAUUAUGUGAAUAAAUAAUGUUAAUUAUAUGUCCUCGGUUUCAAUUACAAAACCAAGUCAUGUAUAUUACAGAUGCAAAUAACUCUAGGAAUUGCACUAGGGAAAACUUAUCUGAAACGCGAUGUGCAAAUUUAUUAUCAAGCACCAACAGCAUUCCUUAACCAAUUAUCCUAAAAUAGUCUCCUUGAAAAUGUCUUGGUGGGGAAUUUAUGAUUUUUGAAUAAAAGUGUACAGAUAUGAA